GCAGCAGAUAGUUGUUUUGUUUUUUUGCAGGGACUGCAACAAUUGCAGACAACUGUAACUGGUGAAGAGAAACGGCAAAGAUAUGGCCUAAUCUACGAACAUAAAUUCCUGUUUUACCAGGUCGUUAUCUUUACCAUUAUCAGUAGGUUGAGAUGUUGAACUUCAAGAAAGGAUGAGUUGGUUAAGAAAUGGCUCGUUUCGUGCGAGCCUCAAUAAACGAAUUUCAAACUCCCCACCUAAGGAUGCAGACCCCACUGCAUGCUAUGAGAGUUUCAGGAAACAUUGGCAACAAGCCAAUGAAAUUAUACAACGUACACAGGCUUCAUCAACACCCCUGACCCAGGAUGAUGUUCUUGGUGUUGUCAAUCAUUUGGACCAUAUGGUAACUCUUCUUUUGAUGGAGUUAAGGACAGUGGGAAGUUUGCCGAAUGGUUCUCAAGAUAAUAGUCCAUCAUCUGGUCCAGAGCUCAAUGUCUCAUGUCCUUCCCUUGAAUUUUUACUUAGUGAAAACCUUUUGGAAAAGCUAUAUACCUGGAGUGAAAUUACGGGCAGAUACAGCAAUGCUGUUAGACUGCAACAACUGAAACUAUAUGAACAGCUUGUAAGUCAUUCUCGCCUCCACUUACUCUCCCAUGAGCCAUUCCUCCGGCCCCUGCUCAUGCUCCUUUCAUCAAGUGCUAGAGAGGUGUUUCCUUUUGAAGUUGAAAAGAAAUUAGUUGUGUUACUUUACCAAUUGUGCAUUGCUCUGAUGCAAAAUGUUCAACUUUUGGAUCUCUUCUUUUCAUUGGAAGAAGGCAAAACCAACUUCGUUUUAUUUCAACUUCUUAUUCCAUUUGUCCAUCGUGAGGAGGGGAUUGGUCAGCAGGCAAGAGAUGCCUUGCUUCUGUGCAUGUCACUGUCAAAGAAAAAUAAAAAUGUUGCUCAAUACAUAACACAACAUUCAAAUGUUUGUCCGGUGCUGGCUACAGGCCUCAGUGGCCUUUACUCCCUAUUGCCAAGAAAGCUAGUUGUGGAUGGGGAUGACUGGCAUCAGCUCACACCUGAUGAUGUCACAGAUUUGCCUGAAUUAGCAUCUUUUAUGAACUCUUUAGAAUUCUGCAAUGCUGUUGUUCAGGUUGCUCAUCCACUCAUCAAGACACAGAUGCUGGAAUUCCUUUAUCAAGGAUUUCUGGUUCCAGUAAUGGGGCCUGCCUUGCUUCAGGAAUCUGUUGGAUUGUGCGACGAACAAAUAGACACAGCCCUUGAUGCGUCUGGUCUCAUGGAUGCAUGGAGUACAAUAGAGGAUCUUACUGCAGCCACAGCUUACCUAGAGCUUUUUAUACGAAGUGUAUCCGACCCAGGUCUUCUGUGCUCUUUUGUUCGAUUUCUCUUAGAAGACAAAUUUGAUGGUGAAAGAAUUCUAGACCACCUGGUCCAGCGUAUAAAUUCAAAAACUAGGCUAGGUGUUGUAACUCUUUCACUUCUGGACUCACUAGUCAGUUUGUACUGUGAGGACGUCAUGCUGGAACUUGUUUUCCGUCAUCUUGUUCCGUGCUCCCAUGUAAUGGUUUCCCAAAGACGCAGAGUAAGAGACCGAGAUCCUUACUGUCGUAAUGCUGAACGUUUCCUGUCCUUAGCUCCCUUGUGUUGUAAUGAUAUUCCCACUGCUCCUCCCUCACUGCCACCAAAUGUGUCACCUAGCCCAAAUUUUGGAAAUCGGCCCAGGGCAUCAUCCUCAUGUGAUACCUUAUCAUCGCUCCCUACAACAACAAGUUUAUAUGGUUUAAGGCACAGUGAAAGCCUCUAUGCCAAUUAUCAUGCCUACCUUUGUGAUGCAAGAGCCAAAAUCCAGGCUUGUGCCAGUGCCUGCUCCAAGUGGGUAUAUCCUUAUGAUGGCGAAAGUCCACCUUAUGAAGCAUUCUGUGUGCCACGCCCAGAGAAAAGAGUAGAAUCUCCUCUGAGCAGGAGUGAAGACAAGCAAGCAUCUUCAUCUUCUAAUGGUGAUUCAGAUGUCUUAUCUAGUUUAGAAACAGUUAACAUAGGGGAAUUUGUAUCUACUCAAGGUCGCCCAGAAAAACAGAGUAAUGCUGAAUCUAGUGAAAAUUCUGAUGCAAAUGCAGUAUCCAGUUCUCUCACUACAAAUAAAGAAGAAAAAUCACAGUCCACUGCUAAUGACUCAAGUUUACCAUCAAUCGGGGAAAGCAGUGGAUAUGAGAGCUUUGCUCUUAAAUUUUCAUCAGAUUCAUCCCCUGAGAAUGAACCUUUAGACGACACAGCUGCAACACUGGAAGAUGGAUUACCAACAUCUAUCACUGAGGCUGAAGUUUCUAAAACUACCUCUUUAUUAGAUUCUAAAGUUGAUGGCAAAUGUGUUCAAGAGGGAUCGUACAUGGAUGUGUUCAAAACAACUCCCAAUAUUGGUCCUUUCCUGGAUGCUAUACUACGUAAACUGGAAGGCAUGCUCGACAAUGGCUUAGUAGUCAACUUGCAGUUGACAGGACUAAUUUCUCGUCUUGCAGUGCAUCCUCAUCCUCUGUUACGUUCUUUUCUGCUUGACCAUCUCCUUGUUACUCAGCCCAGUAUUCGAUCACUCUUCCAGGUCCUUGGUACUUUAAAGCACCGCAUUGAUCGAGUUUUGUCAGGCCUAUCAAACAUUCAAGAACUCGUUAUUGAAGCUCAAGAGUUUCUUGUCAACAGGGAAGACAGACUUACAAAUGCUCGGAGGCUUGCUCUUGAAGCCUCUGCCCCAGGAGCUGACAGCGAAUUUACCUCCUUACCACCAAACACCCAUCAUAGAAAUUCCCUUACAAAUGAUCCUUUUGCAAGAGGGGACGGUAGAAGACGUAGUUUGACAUCUACAGUGACAUCAUUGUUUAGAAGGGCUGCCCAAGUUGCUCAACCAAUUCGAGAGCAGUUAGAGAGUGCCGGAGAAACUGGCUCCUACAGAUACUAUCAUCGAUCUAUUACUGCACCAAAGUACGAUGACAGUAAACGCGAGGAUUACAUUCGUAAUGUAGUUCUUUGUGCUGUCAUACUAGAUGAAUGGCUAAAAGAACUUGCUGCUAUAGCUCAAGAGCACUCAGUUUAUUCAGCAAUCACAGAAUAUACCUCAAAUAAUGCUAGAUCAUGAACCAUGUCUGCCUGAUUAGUGAGUGAGUUGUCUCUUGUGAGUCAUAGUAUUUUAGGGCCCUAGCAAUUGUUUCUAUCAAAAUUAUUUUUUUGCUCAGUUGUUAUGCUAUUAUUAGCCAGUGAUUACUGUUACUUCAUGCAGGAUAAUUUUAAAAUUGUGUUCAAAUAACAAAGACUUUAUUAACACCUUGAAAACUUCUUGAAAACCUUUUUUUUAAUAACAUUAAUACCAUAUUCACCUGAGUGUAAGACCCCUCCCACUUUUAAGGCCUCCAUUCAGAAAAAAAAAUUAACGGGAGGUGCCGACACGUGCAGAAAGUGUAUUUAACGUGUUUCCGGGCUUCUGAAGUGUUCGGGACCCCCGCUACUUCCGCGACGAAUUUUCGGGGGAAAAGGGGGGUCUUAGACUCAGUUGAAUAUGGUAUUUUGUUCCUAAAUGCUGGUGUAUUCUAUCAAUAUCUAUCUAUUGACAUGUGUGAUGAAAAUGCCUGUCUUUUGCACAAGUAAUUUAAAGUAACUUUCCUUGAAAGAAAGAUUUAUUUUUAUUAAUCAUAAUCAAAAGAAUGCUUAUGUUGUGAGAAAGUAGAGUUAGUCUUCCUCCUGGAAGUAAGGAAACCUUGUACCUGCAUCUCCUCUGUAAGAACCGUCCUUUUGGCUUGGUUGUCAGGGAAGAAUCUUUACCCUUCAGUUUUAUUUUACUUUGUCUAACAGUGCAACAUGAAUUUUGCUUAUUUAAAUUGCUACAAUACAGUUAAUUCUGAAUCAAUUAUGUUAACUAGCAACCACAGCAAUUACUUUUCUGCCUCAUUUUUUCAUACAUUUAGCUAAUGACUCAUUUUGUCUAGCUUUUCUGCUGUUAGAUGUUGCACUGAACUUUCUUUUAAGUUUUAACGACAUGGUAACUUUCCACUUUUAAUGCUAUGUAGUUGAUUCUGAAUGUUUUGGAAUGGAUGUUAUGUUGAAUAAGUGAUGUUGUUUUACCUUGGGGUUUUACUGUGUAUUUCACCCGACGUCUAAUAUCUUGUUCACAUGUAUUGAUGUCCUUGAUUUUCUCCGUCUUUUGAUUAAUUGACAUUUAACUUCAACUUUCUCUUUGGAUAAAAGACUCAGCAAAGAUAACUAAAGAUAACUAAUAUUGGCUUGAAAAUUUCAAUCAGGGAAUCUUUUUAUCUUUUUAAAAAAUCUACCUACUGGUAUUUGUUUUGUUUGCGGGUUUUUACGUUAUGUGUUUGAUACUUUCUUAUUGUGAUCUUAUCUAGAGUAGUCAACCAGUUACCUGUAUGAUGUUCCCAUAGAUUUGUAUAAUGUACUAAAAUAUUUUAUCAAUGUUUUUCCGUAGGAAGUUUUGAAUUAAUUUGAAAUGUCAAUAUAACAAAGAAGAAUUGAUCCGUCUGCACUACCCUACAUUAUUUAUGUUGUGAGAAAGGGAGAAAAGUCAUGCAUGAGGUAAAUUUGGGGACCUGCUUUUUCAGUCUUUUCAUUUUUAAUACUACAGUACAUACUUUAUUUUAUUUAUUACACUAUAAUUUGUUGCUAUUCUGUAAUCGGUUGUGUUUGGUUGUUAAGGGGAAAGUAGCGCAAAAAUGUUCAUCCUUUCCUUGUUUGUAGGUAAGUGGAAACAUUGAAAGACAGACAAGUACGUAUGUGCAUAACAAGUCUAAUUUCUGUUGUGGGCUGGCCUACUUAUACUGAAUUUGUCACAAAAUUAUAAUCACGAGCUAAUGUGGAAACACUGUUGGUGCUGAGUCAAUUAUCUUCUAGUUUUAUAUGGCUGUACAGUACUUCAGUGUUCUGUUAAUGACCAAAAUAUUACUGUAUGAAGGGGGAGAGAAAUAUGUGCCAUUCCUUGAUAUCUUGCACAUUAUUUGUGUUUUGUGCAAUUGCAAGGUUUUUAAUGUUGUAAUUAUGUUUACUGGAUUGUUGUGAAAUCUGUACUUUGUAACUCUUCCUCUGACUAUGAUUAGAUCCCAAGUCUAUACCAACUUUUCUGUUACUUACACUUUUUUCUUUUCUUUCCUUUUUUUAAAAAUUUGUUUUUGUGAAUUUUGUCACAGUGGUCUUUUACACUUGAAGAGAUGACUAAGGAGCUUUACCAAUUUGACAAUGUUAAAAUGUAUUUUUUAUGCUAAUUGUUUGUAUCUAAAUCUGCACAAAUUUGUAUAUAUUGUAAACUAUGUAUAUGUCUGGGUUUUUAUGUCCAGGGGUGUUUUGUUAGUGAGUCAAUCCUCAUUUCUGUGGCAUGACUUAAUUGUUGAAAUUGUUUUAUAAAUUGUACAUUAAAAUCUUCUCUAUUCUGAAAUAAGUUAAACUUUGUUACUAUUGCCUCCCUGUAAAUUGAUAGUUUUUUCAGUGAGGGUUUUACAAAGAACUAUGCUUGUGGUAUUUUUUUCCACUGUAAUAUGUUUGAUAAAUUAUAUCUAUUCAUUUUAUGUGCAUGUUGCUAAAGUUAAAUACAAUGCAGGAGCAAGCA